AUGGGCCACAACCAUCAUAUUUUGGACUUGUUAUGCACAGAUGAUGACCUUCUCAUUCAGUACAACAAGCAUCCACCAUCGGAAGCUUUCAAAUCCCCGCUGCCUUCCCACCAUUAUGAAUCUAUGAUCACUCUGGCUUUCAAUGACCGUGUCAUCAUACCUCUCUGGAAGAAAUGGAACGGCCAACCAGGUUUCACCCAUCUACAGAGAAUGGCAAUUGGGCUUGUGCUAUCAACUGUUGGGAUGGGAGCAGCAGCACUAUGUGAGAGGAAGAGGUUAGCAGUGGCUAAAGCCAAUGGUGGAUCAAAUCCUCUGCAUAUUAGUGUUUUCUUCUUGCUCCCACAGUUCAUUCUGGUGGGUUCUGCUAAUGCUUUUGUAUACAAUGGCCAGCUCAAUUUCUUCAUAACCGAAUCGCCUAAAGGAAUGAAAACUAUGAGCACAGGCCUCUUCGUCAGCUCAUUGUCCUUUGGUUUCUUCUUUAGCAGCCUCUUGGUAUCGAUUGUGAAUAAGGUGACAGGAGGCAAAGAUGGAUGGCUUGCGAGCAGUAUAAACAAUGGCAGGCUUGACACCUACUUCUGCUGCUAA